UAAAGGAGAUAAAAGGAUCUCAAGAAGUUUUUCCGGACUAUUGCUCCGAGUUUGCUACCAUGGAGACACUUGAAGAAAGGGCAGGAAAAGAUACACAAUGCUCAGAUGUCAUUGGACUUCUAACAAAAAUGAAGCCCGUGGAGACAAGAAUAACAAAAAAGAGCCCACAACCUUCAUAUAUCCGCGAGAUUGAAAUACUAAUGCCGGAGGGUGAUAAAAUCAGAAUCACGUUAUGGGGAAAGUUUGCUUAUUUUUUGACCGAGGAUGUAAUUGGCAGCCAAACUGUCAUUAUUAUUACAUCAACGAUGGUGCAGAGAUUCAAUGGUUUGUGCCUAAAGUCAACCAGUGCCACCAGAAUAUAUAUAGAUCUGGAUAUACCAGAAGCACAAGAACUUCUUGAAAGGGACUCAACACAAGUAACCUUACCAAAAAUGAUGAGUAUAGAUAGAAGUAAUCAGGGAACUCUAGAAGAACAAAUGUUUUACAAGCGGAGAACAUUGCAAGAACUUACUAAAAUGAGGCACGAAAACCGGCAAGACCAGGAUUUUGUGUUCACGACAAUAGCUACAGUAGAUCGGUUGCAAGAAAAUAUUCAAUGGUGGUACAUGUCAUGUGAUAACUGUCCCAAAAUGGUUAUCAAGGAAACCGACAAGUAUUAUUGCAAGAGUUGUGGUAUAUAUCCAAAAAAUGUCACACCUCGGUAUCGUAUUCGACUCCAAAUUAGUGAUCAUACAUCUACUACAAGUUGCACUUUAUUUGACGAGGAGGCUGCAAGAUUGCUUAAUACAUCUGCAUCUGACUUGCUGGACUCACUAGAUGGGAAAACAGAAGAAGCCCCAAAGAUUAUUCAACAAUUAUGUGGAAAAAAAUUAAUAUUUCGAUUCAAGCUCAGUGAUAGUAAUCUCACAUUUGGCACACAAAACUAUGCAGUAAAGAGAACAUUUGUGCCUGAUGAUAGGCUUGAGAUGCUCUAUUUGAACGAUAAAGCCGAGGAGGUAAAAGUUUCAUUACCUUUGUUUCAAAAAUAA